GAGCACUUGGUCUCAGCAUACCCGGACAUCACCAAAGCCACCUUCGACUCGGGCGACAGGUUGAGCAACCUGUCGCGCGGGCUGCAGAAAGUCGGCUCGGCGUCGCCCGGAUCGGUCUCGGGAGGGCCCCUGCCAACCACUCUCCUUCGGGUGGCCGCCACGCAUUCCGGGCCCUCCGACGAGGCCGCUACUUCGUCGAGCACGGUACGCUUCUGUGAGGAGAUCGCCAUUCGAGAUCGGACGCCCACCUUUCCGGAGUCGCUGGUGGAUGUCGACGUGGAAGAGCCGGACACCAUCAGCCAUGGCAAUUCUUCGGCCAUUUUGAAAUCGGAUCUGGAGGAACUCACCGAGGAGGAGCGACGACAGGUGCGUCAUCGCCUCCGCGCACGCAUUGGGACGGUCUCCCAAAAUCGCCUGGUGUCGGGACGUUCCCUCCAUGACUCCCUAUCGGCGCUGGGGCUGACCCGCUACACGGUCCAAGAUUACAACGAGCUCCUGAAUCACUUGGCCUCAUUCGUGAACUUGGCCUUUGAGGAGGACGAGGACCAGACCUCCUGGAGUGGCAGCACUUUAGACAUCUUUGGGCUCUUGCCGGCACGCUUCGACCCGCUAGAAGCAUCGAACCCUGUUUGGGAAUGGCCACAGCUGGGUGAGGCUUCAUUGAGCCUUCAUCGGGAAAAGUCGAUGAACAGCGUCCGCGGCACAGAGCAGUCAAAGAUACCACUGCUGCAGUAUGAUGUAGCUCCUCUAGAGGCUGUGAUGCAGGUCUUCCUGGCCACUGACAGCAACAUGCACAAAAGGAUCUUCGGGACAAAGAUUCUGAAGCAGUACAAGGCCGUGAAGGAGAUCCUUUUAGCAGGCGACACCAACCGUCUUGUCGCCGAACUGACAUUCGUCCGCAUCAACGACCUGGCAGUGCCUUCAGAGCCCAUCCAUUUCCUCCUGUACCUCGAGCCGCUGAUCGCUUUAAUCAUCGUUGCCAACGGUAUUUGCAUCGGGAUUCAGACGGAUCCGACCUACGAGAAUUGGGACGGCUGGUUGUAUGUCGAGCUCGGCUUUGUGAUUGGCCUCUCCCUGGAGCUGCUAACCAGGAUCCUUAUCUUGGGGUGCCGUGACUUCUGGUGUGGCGCAGAGCAGAUCUGGAAUUACUUCGAUAUGUUCUUGACGUCCAUUGGCAUCGUGGACGUCAUCUGGCAGUUCGCUUCCACUGCAUCGCCUGACAUUGUGGGGACCCUGCUGCUGCGGUGCUUCCGCCUCGUCCGACUUGCUCGUGUAGUGCGAGUUUUCCGCCUGAAAAUCAUGUCUGACCUGCGCUUGAUGCUGAGGGGCUUGAUUGCAGGUGUUUGGAC